AUGGCUCCUUCUGCGCAACCUCUUCCUCCAAGUGUUUCGGAUGAGAAGUACGCGAAUGUGAAGUGGGAAGAGUUGGGAUUCGGGUUUGUUCGUACGGAUAAUAUGUAUGUAGCUAAGUGCAGUUUUGGAGAGAGUUUCCAAGAAGGCAAGAUUGUUCCUUAUGCUGAUUUCGAAAUCAGCCCUUGCUCUUCAGUUCUUAAUUAUGGCCAGGGUUUAUACGAAGGCUUGAAAGCUUACAGGACAGAAGAUGAUCGGAUUAUUCUGUUCCGACCGGACCAAAAUGGUCUCCGACUUCAAGCCGGAGCCGACAGACUCUGUAUGCCUUAUCCUUCCGUCGAACAAUUUGUUUCCGCCAUCAAACAAGUUGUUCUUGCCAACAAGAAAUGGAUUCCUCCUCCAGGGAAAGGAGCAUUGUAUCUUAGGCCACUCUUGUUUGGGAGUGGUCCUAUUCUUGGUUCACUUCCGGUCCCUGAGUUCAACUUCACAGUGUUUGCCUGUCCUGUUGGACGUUAUCACAAGGAUAAUUCCGGAUUGAAUCUGAAAAUCGAAGAUAAGGUUCGUCGAGCGUUUUCAAGUGGAACUGGUGGUGUGAAGAGUAUCACAAACUAUUCUCCUGUUUGGAUAACAAUGAUCGAGGCGAAAAAACAAGGUUUCUCUGAUGUUUUGUUUUUGGAUGCUGCAACUGGCAAAAACGUGGAAGAACUUUUCGCAGCUAACGUUUUCAUUGUCAAGGGAAAUGUUGUGACGACUCCAGAACUUUCGGGAACCAUUUUGGCCGGAAUCACACGAAAAUGUGUCAUUGAAUUAGCUAGUGAUUUUGGCUACAAGGUGGAAGAACGUGUUGUUCCCGUUGAAGACCUUAUCGACGCGGAAGAAGUUUUCUGCACUGGAACUGCUGCCAUCGUCACAAAUAUCGCGUCCGUAACAUUCAAAGACAAAAAGACCGAAUUCAAAAAUGGGGAAGGAACAUUGGCCUCGAAGCUAUUCAAGACGUUAGUGGAUAUCCAGACGGGUCGGGUCGAAGAUACAAAGGGAUGGACGGUGGAGAUUGACCAAUGUUGA